GGGAGUCACUAAUGAAGAACUUGUAAUAGGAAAAAAUAAAUAUAAUAAUAUAUCCGGAUGGGUUCUGCUGCCAUUGGAGAUUAGUGGCAUUAGUGGCCACUCUUAAUCCUAGCCAUUCAUCUCAUCAAAUUUUUAAUCCAAUGGCUCUUAUACACCCAUCAUUAAAUCAAAAGAGUAUUACCUCCGUCUCCCUUAACUUUCUCCGUUUCCUUAUCUCUCUCGACCGUCUCUUUGACGCACAACGCGGACUCCCUCCGACGAAGAUCCCUCCCACCAAGAUCGUGAUUCCUCCCGGAAGAUCCCUCCCACGAAUUCUUUCGUCCAGUAAUUACUCUUUCAACUCAACGAGAAUGAUCUGUGAUUAUGGUGAAUGGUUGGAGGUGCCCACCUGUAGGUGCAGGAAAGAGAUGAAGAUUCUUACUUCAUGGACGGAUAAAGAUCCUGGAAGAAGAAUGUGGAAGUGCGAUGAAUUUUUUUUGCUAAUGUUUUUUGGUGUUGGAUAGGGGGGUACACGCAAGUGCGGUUACUGGGAAUGGCUCGACCCUCCAAUAUGCGACCGAGGUAAGAAGAUCAUUCCCGGACUCCUAAAGAAGAGCAAUGCAAAAGACGAAGAGAUAAAGAUGCUAAAAAUGCGUACCAAACAAAAGCAAUUUGGAGCUUUUAUGGUUGGGUUUGGUGCAGCUUUUGUCAGGAAUAUUGCAAUAUUUGUUUUCCUUUUGUAAUUUGAGAUUAUGUGAUUGUUCUAAAGUAUUGUUUGUAUGAUUUAUGUAAACCAUUUUUAUCUAAUUUGUAUGUGAAAACAACAUGUCUGCUAAACAUUGCAUGA